AGGCUGGAACGGUGAGGGUCACGUGCUCUCGCUGGCCCCGCCCCCAGGUGCGGCUGGACGGGACGAUGUUGCUGCUGCUGGAGAAGCUCCCGGCUGACCAGGCCCUGAAGUUUCUUCACCAAGUAGUUGAUGGCAUAUGUGGCCGUGCAUAUUGUCGAUAUCAGGAUUAUGGCAGUGUUUGGAAUUUGGCAGAAUGGAUGGAGGUAUUAGAAGAAACAACAACAUUCUUCAAAACUACAGUUGGCAAAAAUCUGUCAGAUGAAGAGGCUGUUCAGCAGUUGAAUGAGCUGAGCUCAAGCUAUCAAGAAGCAAUAAUGAAAUGCUUGAAAGGCAGAAAGGAAGAAAUCAGGCAUGCAUUGGUAGAAAGCAUAAGUGCAAUCUCCUCUGCCCAGCUACAGGAUUUUGACUGGCAGUUAAAGCUUGCUCUCUCCAGUGAUAAAAUCUCCAUGCUGCAAAUGCCACUUCUCAAUCUUGAUCUGGAUGUGAAAGAAAAUGGUGAAAUUAAGCCAGUCUCUGUAGAAAUGAAUAAGGAAGAACUGCAGAACCUAAUAAAUGCACUGGAAGCAGCUAAUAAGGUCGUUUUGCAGCUGAAAUGACGAGAUUCUGACUAUCAGUGACAUCUGUUGGUGGUGGUUCCACAAGAGACUGCAAAGAGAAUGGAGAUAUACUCUAUAAAGUGGGAAAGUAAUGAUGCUAUUAAAGUACUGAGUUAAGCAAGCAAUACUGAUGUGGACCAGAAGAUUUAUCACAAAUUUGCUGGAAAAAGAAAGCCUGCUGUCCACUAGACCCAAAACACAGUUGCCUUGUAGAAAAUGCUGAAAGUUGUAUAGGCCUAUGAAAGACUACAGUAGCAUUUAUGAAAAAUUUGAGUGCUGUGUUUGACUUUGGAGAGGAGAUUUUGCAGAUGUACAUAAGCUUGUUUUUGUUCAGAAUAAGAAAUCUUGCCUUCACAGUAACUUAUUACAUAACCGUGUAAUAUAAGUUGCUUUCCUGGGAAGGGUAAGCACACCUGUGUCCUGGAACAUAAAUAUUUGAUACUUGUGAAUAGCAAAGUAAUAAACUGUUGAUGCUUUACAUAGAUAAUGGCUUUUGAAAAUUUAAAAAAAUCUUUAAACAUUCAGAACCUUCCGACCUGUGUCUUGUGGGUUUCACAUAAUUGUCUUGAAUCUGCUCUGAAAACUGCACCAGUGUCAAAGUUCUGAAUAAGAAACACGUGGCUUUCAACUGACAAGUGUGACUCAAAAAAAAAAAUCAAGAGGUAGCUUUGCAGAACAGUAGGUCAGCUAUUUCCAAAGUGUGUCUGAGUGUAUAUGCUGUACACAGGCUGUCAGAAUAGUGCUCCCAGCCCAAUAUAGUCAUUUUUCUGCAGGGAGGGUGUUACACACCUGCUGAGUUUGGGGGCAGGAUUUAGACUACAUGCAGAAUUUCGGAAGAGAAUUUAUUGAUACCAGAAAUCUGUCUGAUUCAAAUAAUUACAUGCUUGUCUAAAUAUCAAAACAUGUUUAGUUGUAUUUAAAUAGAAUAAAAAAAAAUUUAUGCAUUCAUUUUACUUGCAGUGAACUGUAGUAAACCACGUUAUCUGCCUUUAACAAAUAAAUUCUUGUGACUCUCUUUCAGCCAGAGGAUGCGGAAGUGAUGUAAAGGGCAGGAUCCUGCUUUCAUACCCAGAUAAUAGUGAUUUGUGAGGUACAAGACCCAAGACUAUCAUUCAUUUCAGUAGUUAGGUUCCCAUUGACUUGUGUGGGAGCAAGACCUGAGUUCAGAUUUACAUCUCCAAGAGAAAACAGUCAGCCACUACAACAUUCUGUAGGCCAGAUCCUCACCUGGGAUAAAUCAAUUGGAGCUUUGCCAACUUGCAUCACUUAAGAAGCUGGCCCUCUAAGGAAACAUUAGCUCUGCCAGCAUAAAAUAUAGGUGUCUUUUAAGUCAGUAAUAUGAAGGAAUUCACUUUACAUUACCUUAAUUACUGAAAUGCAAAUUCAUAUUAAUUAUUUUCUAUUUUUCUGCCUUAGAUAGAAUUUUAAUUUUCUCUUUCCACUGUGAAUAGUAUUUGUAAUUAAAUGAAUGUGUAAAUACUUUGUGUUUUGCAUAUGGCAAGCUAAUGAAAAAGCCAUGAACCACCACUAUUUAAUAUUAUGGUCAGAGUACUACAUAACAAAAUUUCAGAAAUGAUAAUUGCAAAUGAACUCUUAUUUUACUGUAUCAUUGUAAUGGGAUCUUCAGUAGGAAUGAAUUAGAGAGAAACAACCUUCAUAUAUCACAUAGAAUAGUUACGUGUAACUUCAAGCAAUUUAUUUUAGAUGCAGAGAGAUGCACUGGGUUUUUCUGAUUGAAAUAUAGCAAUUUUGUUGCUUGCUCAAAGAUAUUCAGGCCAUUAUUGCUUUUUUAGCCUUGUUUUUGUCUUUCUGUUGUUGAAAUGAGUGAAUAGGUUUGCUUAUCAGGUUAACGCAAUCCAUUAUUCAUUUGUGUAUGUAAAUUCUGCUGGUUUAGGCUAGCAUGGCAGUAGCCCUAAGGGCUGCCACCUUUGAUCACUAGUGUGCAGAAUUGACGCCCCAAGAUUGUUGGGAAGUUAUGGAAGGAAUAUUCAGGAUAGUGUUUCCCACGUAGAGUACCCAUCAUGGGGUAAAAUCCCUCCAAACCCUGAAGUCCUCCAUGUCUGUACUAUAUGUUGGACGAGUAAUACUGUAUAUUAUUUGUACUACCUAGGAGCCCUAGUAAUGGACCAGCAUCCUGCUGAAUAUAUGUAUAGUAAAGGGACCAAGGAAGGGGUACUGAGUGAUUAACCAGAGAAGAGAGAACCCCAAAAUAUAUCUUUAGUAUUUCAUUUCUGUGUCAGGCAUUUAGUCAUUGUAGGCAAAGUUUAUUUUUAUAUUAAUUGGUUGUAGACCAGUUUUGUAACUUGGCUGGAGAAAUGUACUUAAAUGUACCUAAAUUAUGCAGUCAUGUUUAUCCAAUUUAGUAACUACAGUUGUUUACAGUGAUUCUCAGACCUCUGUGGUUCAGGAGCCACAUUAGCGAUUAGUAUUACCCAAAAGAGCCACAGUAGUGUGACUUCAUUGUUUCAUUUACUGUAGUAGUGGCGCAAACAUAGUAUAUAUUCAGAUUUAAACAGUAUGACAUGGGAAAUACUAAUUAUAUAUAUAAAAUUCUCACAGCAAAAUCACUAAUCAAGUAUUAUUUUAUCAACUACAAUUGGUUAAUAAUAUAGUAAAAGCAUCCUGAUUGGUUGUUAAUUAAAUCAGUGUUUUUAUAUUAUAUGCUGUAAAGAGCUGCAGGAGACACAUUGAAGAGCCACUUGCACCUUGUGAGCUUCAGUUUGAGUAUCACUGUCUGAUAGUUAGAGAGUAGCGUCAACAGCAACUCCUUGAGCUCCUCAAGAAGCCAGAGUGCCAGAGAAUAGAGAAAGUUUAGUAAUGUGGACAAACUAACAGUGUGGUUUGUGUGUCUUUGGGCUGUUCAGGUUUUGGAUGCUGUGGUCUAAAUUUUCAAAAGUGAUUAAUGAUUUUAGGUGCCCAAUUUGAUCCACAUUAAAGGGGCCUGUUUUUCAGGACGUUCUGGGCACUCAAAAAUUAAGACACCUGAAAUCUCUUAGUUGCUUUAGAUCCUAUGCCUCUAGCCUUCUCUGCAGAUUUUUCCAAUCCCUCUCCCUGAGCGGAGAAUUUAGUUAAAAUUCAGCAAGUUGAAACUAGAAGUCUUCCCCUUCUUAUGGGAUUCACAGUGGGAAGGGAGAUCAUCACCCUAUAUAUUUAUCUGAUAGCCUCUGGUGACUGCGUAACUGUGAAAUUCUUAAAAUUUGAAUGCAGAGAGCUAUAAAUUAAUGGACAGACAAUCAUAAAAGAUAUUCAAGUAAAACCAGUGACUUUCCUCUAUUCAGGCUGACCGUGCUCGAUUUUUGGAUUGAAUAGCUUAUCCUAUACUGUUCCCCCCCCCCCAACACACACACACUAUUUUAUCUAGAGCAGUCUUUACAAUGAUAGCGUGCCUUGACUAUUUUUCACAUAACGCCAUUAUACAUGCCUUAUCUUUUCCCCACCAACUCCACAAAUAUCUUCGUCAGAUAAGCAUGGAUAUUGUGCUUGUAUGCUUCAAGCACCUCAGAAAUAAAGUGGGGACCUGCAUAUCAAAAUUAGUUUUAAUUAAAACUUGCUAAAUACAUACCCAAAAGACUCUUGUUAAAGGAGGCCUCACUGUUGCUAAUUUAAUCAUUUUAUUAUCAACACCUCCUUUUUAGUGAGGUGGGGGAAGGAGUUACAAACAGGCUAAAAAACCUGUUCCUUAGAUUUACAGUGCUGAAAGUAAGAACAGCUGCCAUGCAAAUGUAUACUUUAAGUCAAUUCUGUACAUUUCUGAGUAGAGGACAACUUUGUUUUUUUUGUUUUGCCUUUUUACAGUUUAUAAACACCAUGAAUGCAUUAAAGAAAGUUUCCAAAUGC